ACUACUACUACCACGCCGCCCACUCCUGAGCAGACUACCACUACAACUCCGCCCGCUCCUGAACAUACCACCGAGAUUGUGGAAGAGGACGUGGCCGCGGACGUGGUUCGUUCCGCGGACGCUGACCCAACUAGGAAUUCGGCAAGGCUCCUGAGCAGAUUACCACUACCUGCUGUAACAACUCUUGAGACUACCACUCCCACUGGGGAGUAG